CAUGCUCUCUUAUAAACACACGUUAAAAAACAUCUAGUACCUAUUGCUAACUGAACAUAAGAAUUCUACAGAGAAUAGAAGACUUUUCUUUUGAGCUUUCAUCAAUGGCAGAUGGGUCUCGAUCUCGAUCUGAAGCCGAGCAACUAAACCAGAGCUCUCAGGAGAGGGUAAGAAACCGCUUUCCUGGUCAUCCUAGAACGCUUUCUGGACAAGAGCCCCAAAGAGAAAGAACUGAACAAGAGCUCCAGCAAAACGAAAAUAGUGAGGCAGAAAAUAUUUAUGAAACUAACGAGACCUUCAACAUUAAUGAGAAUGAUUUCUACGCAAAUGAAAGCACAGAUGUUGGGAUUCACGAUGCUUACAACGAAGAAGGUGGAGGUGGUGUUGAUGUUCAUCAACCAAGGAGGGGUCGAAACCACAACAUUUGUGGCAAUACAUUUUAUGCAAACAAAAGCGAGCGUGUUGGGAUUAGCAAAGUUGGCAACAAGUACAACAACAAGUCGAGCGUACCAUUUCUUCUUGGUCUUCUUGUUCUUCUUGUUAUUGCUUCUUCUUUUUUCUUUUAUUAUCAAUGGUGAGUAAGCAAAACAAAAAAUGAAGCAAGCGGCUUGAGUAAAAAACUGGCACGACUAAGAAGAACAAAAAUAAAUGGUUGGCGAAAAACUAGAUUUUAUGGGGCAGGUCAAGACUUGACCGCAGGAUAUGUAUGUACUUGUUUUGUGGCAAUCAAUAAGUCAGAUUUCUUCGUUA